UUCUGUUGUAGGUUUACACCAUCUUUGCCUUAAAUAGUAGGUGAAUCCGUUUUAGUGCAGCAGUUUAGUGUCGGGAAGGAGCCUAUUUACAAUUUGGAUCGGUAAACAAGUAGGUCGAAAUGUGGUUUUUGCUAGGGCUUCUACUAUGGACAACAACGGUUUCGAUCUGCCAAACACGCACGGUUUUGGCCCCCUAUCAGGUUUCUGUUCAAUGUAGCACAGGCAAUUAUGCUGCGUUCGAUGGUAUUGGCGCGUCUGAACAUAUUUGCAAUGGUGUAAUAAUAAAAGAUAAGUACAUUUUAACCACUGCUGGCUGCCUUUUUGUUUGGGAUAAGCAAACUAACUCUAGACGUGUCGUCAAUGCAGCAGAGAUUUUUAUUCUCGCUGGUGAAUUCAACCUGAGCCCGAUGUUUUCCGGAAGCAAUAGCGGUAUCAGACGAAACGUCGUGUCCAUAAUAUCUCACAACCGGUUUAAUUCGACAACAGGUGGAAAUGAUAUCGCGUUGCUUAAGCUUGACCGUUCGCUGCCACUCUACAACACGACCUCCGUCCAGUGGAUCGAGUUGCAACAGGGUGCAGUGCCACCCGCAAUAAUGGAAAUCCCAUCUCAUCAGACAGCGGCUUUGGCAUCGGUGGCCGCCAGCAACAAAGUUAAUGAAAACUGUUUCGUAAACAUUUAUAACAACUCCGUCGGGGUCACAAACUAUCCAUACACAGCUGUUGCCAACGUGAGCUUAAUUGAGAAGUGGAUCUGCGAUUCACAUUGGAAAUCACCACGCAACACACAGUGGACUGCAGGACGAUACGGGACCUGUGUGGAGUAUCGGUUUAGUGAUCCAAAAUCCUGCUUGCUUGAUUCGCAAAGCUUGCGCUACAGCGGAGAGCGAGGAACCGCAUUGGUAUGCAAUUUCAAAUUAGUAGCCAUAUUGGCGGAAAUAAAUCCGCCCAUAAAUCCUCAAAGCUGCAUUCAGAUGAAACGCACCACCGCUUUCUACACUCCAGUGGCACCUUAUCGAGAUUGGAUAAUAGGUGAAAUCGGAAGCCUUUACGCGACCACAGUCGGUACAGCAGGAGCCAACGGAACGGUCACCGGUGGCAGCGGAGAUGUAUCUAGCCUCAACGCAAACGGCCCCCCUUCCAGUUCUUGGAGUAAUCAGCAAGUCAGCGCUGCUGCAGCGAAUCCAGGAAAAUCAAGCUCGGCUGCGGCAUCAAUUGGUACUGGAAUCGCAUCUAACCUGAAUCUCGUCAAUUUAUUCAUUUCAUUUAUCAUCAUUCAUUCAUUCAUUCAUUUCGAUGCCGAGAGGAUGGAGAGAAUAGAAUAGACAUCACAUCGCAGACAACAUUCGAGAGCCGUGAACCGGAACCACACCAUAAAUCCAGUGAACCACCCCACCCAGCCACCCCAGAGUCGUCCUUCUCCCGGCACAUCAAAUAAAUUGUUCCCGGCGGAUGUAUAACUGUGAAAAUGAAUAAACUUUUUGAACUUUCUGACCGAAA